CGGAAGGGGAAGUCUUCUCCAGCUGUGUUGUUGAUGUCUUUUGGCCGCUGCUCCUGCUUUGGCGGUUGAGGGGACCGUUCGUGGAAGGAUGGUGUGCGAAAAAUGUGAAAAGAAACUCGGCAGAGUUAUCACUCCAGAUACAUGGAAAGAUGGUGCACGGAACACCACAGAAAGUGGAGGAAGGAAGCUGAAUGAAAACAAAGCUUUGACUUCAAAAAAAGCAAGGUUUGAUCCGUAUGGAAAGAAUAAGUUCUCCACUUGCAGAAUCUGUAAAAGUUCUGUACACCAGCCAGGUUCUCAUUACUGCCAAGGCUGUGCCUACAAAAAAGGCAUCUGUGCAAUGUGUGGCAAAAAGGUCUUGGAUACCAAAAACUACAAACAGACUUCCGUCUAGAUGUUCUGCUGAACUCUCUGGCUUUCUAUGGUUGUACUUUCUGCUUUGACUUUUCAAGUUGUAACACAGAUGUUCCAUCUUGCAGAAUAACCUGGUUCAAGAUGAAUGAUUCAGUCUAAAGCAGGAAGUUGAUUCAUUUGUUCUCAUGAAACUCUGAACAGCAAUGCCUUAAGUGGUUAUUUUCCUUGUGAGCAUUUUAUUGAACCAGAAUAAGUGACAAAAUUAAUGAGAAAACAUAUUCCUGAGUUCUGUAUGCACUUUCAAUUUAACAUUAUUCAUAUAACUCUUAUCUGGUCCGUGUAUUUUAUUUAUAGAUGCUGCAAAUGUGAAAUUAUUGAUGCUUUGCUCUGAAUUUGACAUUCAGACUUAGUUUUCCUCCCUUACUCACAGAUGUCACAGUUCUUAGAAUCAGCAGUCCUUGGUUAAAUGCAUUUUCAUUAGCUAUAUAUAUUCAAGUCUAUUAUUGCUGAAUGGUUCCUUAGUAACCAGUCCUGCCACAAAUCAAACAAGUUGCAUUUUUUUUUAAUUUUAAAUUUGUUGUUGAAGCUAAAGUGCCAGUUCCUUUCAGCUGUGAACAGGAGCCCAUGGAGUGUGCCCAUUUCUCCAGCCGAGUGCCCUGUAUUUCAGAGAGAUGCACUCUGUCAGCAUCAUCUAAAGUUCAAGUUGUCAUGAAAGCUGGGGCGUGGGGGCAGUGUUGUUCAUAUGAGAAUGAAGGUUUCUGCUUGGAGUGUUCUUUGAAGUUGGAAACAAACCCUUUCUUAACCUCUUUACCACCCCCACCCAAGAAACCAAUAAAACAAACAGCUUGGCUCUGUGUGUAUAUUAAUGAUGCUACGCUAGACUGCCAGGAUCUGAGGUUCCAAAUGAAGGUUUUUCUUCUGUUGCUUUCUUAGAUUUAGGCCUUCUAUCUUUAAAACCUUCAGUCUACCAGGAGACCAAAAGGAUAUUCUGUUUUGAGUUGUAGAAUCUUAAAUGCAUACCACUGUGUAAUGUGGGAACCACUAUAAAUAAUGAAAAAGUAGGCAUUGCUUAUUGUUCUAAAAUUACUGUGAAGAAAAAGUUCAUUUUAUCUACAAGAUUUUUUAGUGUUUUUCUAGGAUGCUUUGUUAUUUAUUAUUCUGUAAUCAGAAAGAUUACUAAAUAAUGUAAAAUACAAACAAUAUCUAUCA